AUGGACUCACAAUUGGGGCCACUCUUGCCACUCGCCAUUGUCGCAUACUUUACUGAUCUCCCUGCGGCUUUUAACGAUGCACCCGCAAUAUGGGCCUACGUAUCAUAUGGAGACCCUUCUGUGGCUGUUCUUCCAGGAUCAUUUAACCGCUCCGCCAUUGAUGCUCUUUACAAAGGAGAUGCCACCGAUCCGGAGCUAGACAAGAGGAAUGCCUUCCUCAAUACCACGAACUUCAUAGCCUAUGAUGAAAGAUUCAUGGAAAUCCUUGGACCUAAGGCUGCAAUCAAGCAGGUCCAAAAGCUUGCAUCUCAGAGUCAUGAAGCACCAUGUUUCAAUAAGGAAACCAACGAGCUCUUCUUCGUCGAGUGGGGACCCCCAGGAGGCGAUAACGGUAGCCACAAUUGGCAAUAUUUGCUGGAUACCAAGAGCAAUACCCUCAGAAGGGUCACAACAAACCCGCCCACUAUCAAUGCCCAUGGAUGUGUUUACUACAAGGGAGCUUAUCACAUCGUAACGGACGGUAACAACAAUCACACCGGUGCUCUCGUUCGCAUUGAACCUGCAACACUAAAGAAGACUGUGUUAUUGAACAACUACUACGAGCAACCCUUUGGAGGUCUUAAUGAUCUCGAGAUUGACGCUUAUGGAAACUUCUGGUUCACAGACUCAAAGUCUGGCUGGGGCCGGAACCUGACGGAGUACACUCCCCCAACGAACCCAACUGUGUACAUGGUAAACGACACAAGCAUGCGACCGAGAGUGGUGCAUAUUACAACGGGAAAUGCUAACGGGGUUGCUGUCUCGCCACUCCAAGAUGGCCGCCAUGUGUUGUAUCUUCCUGACACCGGUGUUUCCGAAGCCAAGCCCGUGGAUAGGAAGAAUCCGUACGGCAACCGCGCCCUCUUUGCGUACGAUGUUGUAGCCGGAGGCGUUCUCACCAAUGCUCGCUUCUUGAAUAACCCCAUCUCGUACUUCUACGAUGGCAUUCGGGUUUCUAGAAACGGUUGGAUCUUUGUCGGAGCUGGUGACGGGGUGGAUGUCAUUGACCCCGUCUCUGGACUAGCUCUUGGCACUAUACGCGUGGGUGGAGGAAGCAAUCUGGCUGUGAACAUGGCAUUUGGCGAGAAUGAGCUGUGGAUCGUGGGUAGAGGGGGAGUUUGGCAUGUUACCGAUGUUGCAGAGAGAUUAGAUCGAGACUGGUAA